AUGGCCACCAAAGAUUAUCCAUCAUUGUGGGGCUUCGGGACAACAAAAACAUUUAAAAUUCCUGUUGAACAUUUGGAUUUCAAGUAUAUUGAAAAAUGUUCAGAUGUUAAACACUUGGAAAAAAUUCUUUGUGUGCUCAGGUCUGGUGAGGAAGGAUACUAUCCUGAACUUACAGAAUUUUGUGAAAAGCACCUUUCAGGCUUAGCUCCUGGAAGUAGAGCUUUGAGGAAAGAUAAACCUGCAGCAACAGCAUCCAGUUUUACAGCAGAAGAAUGGGAAAAAAUUGAUGGUGACAUAAAGAGUUGGGUAUCAGAAAUUAAAAAAGAAGAUGAUAAAAUACACUUUCAUGAAACUGAAACAUUUCCAGCGGUAGAAGAUAAUUUGCCUCCAGUUCGCGGUUCAAACAGCCAUCUUCAUGUUGCCAAGGAAAAGAAUUCUAAAAGUAGACCAGCUAAAAAGAAAAUUCCGAGAGAUUAUGCAGAGUGGGAUAAAUUUGACGUGGAAAAAGAAUGUGCAAAACUUGAUGAAGAUAAAGACAGAACUGUAAUAAACAACAAAUCACAUUUGUCUAAAAUUGAGACAAGACUAGAUACAGCAGGUCUAACUGAAAAGGAAAAGGAUUUUCUAGCUACUCGUGAAAAGGAAAAAGGAAAUGAAGCUUUUAAGUCAGGAGAUUAUGAAGAAGCUGUAAAGUAUUAUACUCGGAGCUUAUCCGUGCUUCCCACCGUAGCAGCUUACAACAAUCGCGCUCAAGCAGAGAUCAAACUGCAGAACUGGAACAGUGCUUUUCAGGACUGUGAAAAGGUCUUGGAGUUAGAACCUGGGAACUUAAAAGCUCUUCUGCGCCGUGCCACCACAUAUAAGCAUCAAAACAAGUUCCAGGAAGCUAUAGAAGACCUGAAUAAAGUACUGGCUGUUGAACCUGAUAAUGAGUUGGCCAAAAAAACCCUGUCAGAGGUUGAAAGAGAUCUGAAAAAUUCUGAACCUGCAUCUAAGACUCAAACCAAGGGGAAAAGGAUGGUUAUUCAGGAAGUAGAAAAUUCAGAAGAUGAAGAUGAAAAGGACAGUGGAAUAAAACAUGAAGAUGGCAAUGGAGAUAAAAAGGCGGCGGAGCCGGCGGGAGCCGGGAGCGCCGCCGAGCCGCGCGCCAUGGGCAACAUCCAGAAGAAGCUGACGCGCAGGAGAGAGGGCGGCAAGCGGCCGGAGAGGGGCGCGCCGCGGCGGGGCCGGGCGCCAGGGGCCGGCGCGGACGAGCGGGACCGACCGCGGGCCCCGGCCCCGGCGGGCGGCGCCAACGGGCAGCCGGGCGGCGGGCGGGGCGCCGGGGAGCCCGCGGCCGGCGCGUCCCCGGGACCCGACGCGCCCCCGCCCGUGCCCUCUGCCCCGACGGGCCCCGCCGCCCUGAAGAGCCAGGGCAACGAGCUCUUUCAGAAUGGGCAGUUCUCCGAGGCGGCGCUCAAGUACUCGGCGGCGAUCGCGCAGCUGGAGCCCGCAGGAAGUGGAAGUGCAGCCGAUCUAAGUAUCUUAUAUUCAAAUAGAGCAGCAUGUUACCUCAAAGACGGAAACUGCAGUGGCUGUAUUCAGGAUUGUAACAGGGCCCUGGAACUUCAUCCAUUCUCUAUCAAGCCUCUUCUUCGACGAGCAAUGGCCUAUGAAACUGUAGAGCAGUAUCAGAAAGCUUACGUGGAUUAUAAAACAGUGUUGCAAAUAGACUGUGGAAUCCAGAUAGCAAAUGACAGUAUUAACAGGAUAACAAAGAUUUUGAUCGCUCUGGAUGGCCCAAACUGGCGGGAGAAGCUGCCGCCCAUUCCUGCUGUGCCCGCCUCCGCACAAGUGCGGGCUUGGCGGCCUGUGGUAGAGACGCCCCCAGACCAAGUGGGAGAUUCCUGUUGCCAUCCCCAGCCAGGCAUGCCAGAUGAAAAAGUAUUUAAAACCCUUAAAGAAGAAGGAAAUCAAUGUGUAAAAGACAAAAACUAUAAAGAUGCCCUUAGUAAAUACAGUGAAUGCUUGAAGAUUAACAACAAGGAAUGUGCCAUUUAUACAAACAGAGCCCUCUGUUACUUGAAGCUGGGCCAGUUUGAAGAGGCAAAGCAGGACUGUGACCAGGCCCUUCAGAUGGAUCACGGGAAUGUGAAAGCUUGCUAUAGACGAGCCCUUGCUCACAAAGGGCUCAAGAAUUAUCAGAAAAGUUUAAACGAUCUCAAUAAAGUUCUCCUACUAGACCCAAGUAUUGUUGAGGCAAAAAUGGAACUGGAAGAGGUUACCAGAAUCCUUAAUAUUAAGGAUAAUACAGCAUCAUUCAACAAAGAAAAGGAGAGAAGGAAAAUUGAGAUUCAAGAGGUGAGUGAAGGCCAUCAGGAAGAGCCUGAGGGGACCUUGAAGGAGGUCCCCAUGGACAGCCUUGCUUCUGAGAAGGGGGACACCAGCAACGGGCCACAGGAGCUCUAUGAGAAACUGCUGAUCUCCAAGCCUAACAAUGCCUACGAAUUUGGUCAGGUUAUGAACACCAUCAGCACGAGGAAAGAUCAAGGAGCCUGCGCACACCUGCUAGCCAUCACUGAACCGAAAGAUUUGCCAGUGUUGUUGAGUAACAAACUUGAAGGGGACACAUUCCUCCUCCUCCUCCAGUCUCUGAAAAGUCAUCUUAUUGAUAAAGAUCCCUCCUUGGUGUAUCAGCAUCUUUUAUAUCUGAGCAAAGCAGAAAGGUUUAAGAUGAUGUUGACACUAAUUAGCAAAGGCCAAAAGGAACAGAUUAAGCAGCUCUUUGAUGACCUCUCAGAUGCACCAAACAAACAUUUUACUUUAGAAGAUGUACAGGCCCUGAAAAGGCACUAUGAUCUUUAAAUCAAGAUAAUGGUUAGAUUUCUUCCAUGUAUGUAUGUGUUCCGGUAAUGCCAGUGAGAUGGUAUUGUAAUAGAGUUGCAUGGAUAAAACCUGGCUUAGAAAAGAUCCCUUGGU